UAUGCUUAAAAUAUUUCAUUCAUAUAUACCCUAUUCUUUUAAAAUUACUCUGCUUUUGCGUUUAAUUUUUAUAAAGCUAGAUGUUUAAAUCAAUUGCAUUUAUUUUUCAGACCAAAUAAUGAAGUACAUGGUGAAGAACAUGAAUCUAGUAAAAGUCAAUCUUAUGUUGACAAUAUUCUGAAAAGUGAAAAAGCAUCAAUGGAGCGUUUUCUAAAUGCUAAAUUUGAUAAAUUUAAUGAAAUAAUUAAUCAAGCAUCAAAAAAAGUUAAAAAAUUGAAGAAAACACUUCUAAAACAUAAACUCGCCAAUAAUGAAUUAGCAAAAAAGAAUUUAGAUUACGAAAAUACUUUAAAAAUACAGCAAGCAAAGUCGCAUGAUAUUCUUAAUCAAAUAUCAAAAAUUGAAGAAACGAUCAAAGCAAAAGUCUAUAGUGUUCUAGAAAGUGAUUUAUUAUGUCCAAUUUGUAAUGAAUUAAUGGUUAAGGCGUGUACAACUAAUUGCAACCAUACAUUUUGUGAAGUUUGUUUAGAUACUCAUGUUUCAAAAAGGCCUUUGUGUCCUAUUUGUCUAACUUGUGUUAGAACCAAAACUCUUUGUCUAGCUUUGGAUAACUUUAUUACUAAUAUUUGUAAUCUUCUUGGGAAUGAAAUAAAAGAACAUCGGGAAAAAGUACAACAAGAAAAAUUGACAGUUAAUGUCCCACGACUAAAGUAUCCGCUACAAGUUGCUAGAAGAGGUGGUAUAAGAGGUGGUAGAAGAGGUGGUAGAAGAAGUUUAAGAUAAUUUACCUUAUUGUUAAAAAUAAAAUAUUUUCUAUAAAUUAUCUCACCUAUUGUAUUUUAAAUUUUAAUUAAAAGAUAUUUGAUACCAAGCAAAAUGAUAGGUACUUUUUUAACAACUAUGAGCACAAUAACAUAUUAUUUAAUGUUUUUAACACAAAUAUAAAUAAGCAUAAGUAUUUUAAUUAUAUUUUACAUGAACUCUAUUAAAUAAUAAAAUAAAACCUUGGGAGCUAGAGCUAUUGGUUGGUACAUAAGAAUUUUGUUCGC